AUGGGUACAAGAACAACUGGCAGUUCUGAUCUUAAGGUUCUAAUGUUACCAUGGUUGGCUUAUGGUCACAUAACUCCCCAUCUACAACUAGCCAAGAAACUGGUUGACAGAGAAUCCCUCAUAUUCUGUUCCACCCCAGUUAAUCUCAUUUUCAUCAAGAACAAAAUCCCAGAAAAAUGCUCUCCAUCAAUUCACCUGGUUGAACUUCAUCUUCCUGACACCCCAGAACUUCCCUCUUCUUGCCAUACAACAAAUGGACUCCCACCCCCUCUCAUGCCAAAUCUCAGAACCGCUCUUGCCAGGGCAAAACCCAAUCUUUCCGGCAUCCUCAGGAAUCUCAGUCCUGAUCUGGUCAUAUACGAUGUUGUUGUGUCCUGGACAGCAUCGUUGACCUCUGCUCAUGGUAUUCCGGCACCAUGUUACGGAGCGCUGGGAAUUUCGGAUGCUCAAGAAGAUGAUCCUGAAGAUGAGAGGCCUAACAGGUCCUGUGACAGAAUCAUGCUUGUGAAGACCUCAAGAGAAAUUGAAGGGAAAUCCAUGGAUUAUUUAUAUGAUAUGAUGAAGACCAAGGUUUUGCCUCUGGGUCCUCUGUUUUCUGUUGUGCACGAUGAUCAGCAGGAUGAACACCAUGAGCUGAUGCAAUGGCUUGAAACAAAAAGUGAUCUUUCCACCGUUUUCGUCUCGUUUGGGAGCGAGUACUUCCUGAAAAAGGAAGAAAUGGAAGAGAUUGCUUUUGGAUUGGAGCUCAGCGGAGUGAACUUCAUUUGGGUUAUAAGGUUUCCAGUGGGAGAGAAAACUAGGCCUGAUGAAGCUCUUCCUCAAGGGUUCUUGGAGAGGGUGGAAAAAAGGGGAAGAAUUGUGGAAAAAUGA